CAGGGCCUUCUCCAGCGUGUACUUCUUGCUCAAGAUCACUUCCCUGGGGUGUCUCGUGCGGUCGAUGAAGCAUGACGACGUGCUCCCCUGCUGAGCGUCCAACAUCCGUUUCACUCUCUGGACUUCAGCUUCAAGAUCUGUUCUGUCCAUCUGACAUUUGGAUGACAGACUGCAGUGUACCUGUUGACAAAGGGUUUGACCAUGGUGAUGCCGACCACAAAGAACAUGAGCACGGAGAAGGCCAUCAUGGCGAAGCCCAGCAGGAUGGCUCUGUCCUCCCCAACACUCGACACCGACAUCUGGGACCGAACUCUCUGCUCUCCGUGUCCAUCCACUCCUCGACUCCACUCCUGCUCCUCCACUGCAGAGCUGUCAUUCUGCCUACGAUAUGGAGGUACCUGCAGCUUUUGGAGGCCCCCCCCUACUUUCUGGGUCUGGGUCUGUCUGCUUUCAGUUUGAGUGGACUGCUCACAGGCCCGCUUUUUGGGUUCUGGUCAGAUCGGUGGAAAAAUACCAAGUCCAUCAUCCUUUUUUCCAAUCUUUUUGAGAUUGCCGGUAACUUCAUGUAUUUUAUUGGAUAUUCAAAGUGGCUUUUGUUAUGCAGUCGGCUUGUGGCAGGUGUCGGAGCAGGAGCGGGCUCCUCCAUCUUUGGUUUCCUGACUCAAAGCACUAGGCCAGAGGAGCGUGCCGGUAUCUUCGCUGCAAUCAUGGCCUGUCGACAAGCUGGCCUCCUUGUCGGGCCAGCGUUCAACCUGUUCCUGCGGCUGUGUGAUUUCAAACUGGGGCCCUUUGUUGUGAACAAGUAUACGUCUCCUGGGAUCUUCAUGUGUCUGCUGUGGGUGCUGCUCCAGUGUGUUGUCCUGGCUAUGUAUUGGGAUUUACCGCCCAUCAAGUUCCUGAGAGAGGAGGUGGUUGUUCUCCUCACGGCUCAGUUCAUCACUCUCUUCAAUCAGACAGCGCUGGAGACCAUGGUGACUCCCCUGACGCAGCGCUCCUUCGGCUUCGGUGAGCUGGGCAACAGCCUGAUGUACAGCCUGUGUGGGGUGGAGGUCAUCCUGGGCUUCUUCUUCGUGCGGUGGCUGAGCUCGAAGGUGGCGGACCGUGUCGUGCUGGCCGUGGGCCUGGUCAUCUGCUGCACCGCUUGUAUCUGGUCCCUCGUCUUCCUCUGCGACCCACGAGGUGGUUAUGGAUGGGAGCUAACGGCCUUCAUCAUUGGAGUGUUUCUGCAGCUGCUGGGGCUUCCCUUUGUGGCUGUGUCUCAGGUGUCUCUGUUCUCCAAAGUCACCGAUGAGAAAACACAGGGAUUUAGCCAAGGAAUCAGACGCUCAGUCGGGGGCCUGGCCACCAUCCUGGGUCCUUUGUGGGCUGGAGGUCUGACCAAUAAUUUGUACAUAAUGCUGGGCAUGAUGUUAGCCCUCCUCAUGAUGAUCACAGUUAUGGCGGCGCUGUCCUACGAGCGUCUGACUGAGCCCAGGGCGGUGCAGUGCGCCCAGAGCUCUGACAGCGGAGGAUAG